AUGGUCGCAUUACAGCCCAUCUUCAGGAAGGCCUACUGGGCCCUUGUGGCCGGUGGACUUGUAUAUGUCCUUUUCGUCACGGCCUUGACAUUUCCAACUGUUCAGCGAUUCUUCCUUUAUGCGAACAAGGUCAACCCUGCAUACUGGCAGGAUGUCAACCAAGUCGAGCAAUUUGGCUUUUUGAAGACCCAAGUCCAGCCAUUCCAUUUAGUGACGCCCGAUAACGAAACGCUUUAUGGAUGGCACCUGAUGCCUCUCCACCUCUGCCGUGAGCAUGAGAAGGAAUUGAUGGAGAAUCCCCCAUCAGGGCCAGCUGCAGAUUACACAGAGACCUCGGCCUUCAAGAUCCUAGCUAAUGAUCUUAACGCUCGAGUUGUAGUGAGCUUCCAUGGAAAUGCGGCCCAUCUCGGAUCUGGCCAGCGACCAGCUACUUACAAUGCUUUGCUGGGACUUUCCACCCCAUCGCAUCCAGUACACGUCUUUGCCAUUGACUAUCGUGGAUUCGGUGUUUCAACUGGUAGCCCGACGGAAGAGGGCGUUAUUACCGAUGGAGUUUCACUUCUUAACUUCCUGACCGCAGGUCCGCAUAAGAUCCCCACUUCACGGAUUGUGAUCAUGGGCCAGAGCCUAGGCACAGCGGUCACGGCAGCGGUAGCUGAGCGAUUUGCCUUUGGGUCUCCUGAUCCAACCGCUGUUCAACCGGCCAUCAAGGAUGCCGAGCCGUUUGCUGGGGUGAUUCUGUUGGCAUCUUUCAGCAAUCUGCCCAGUCUCAUCCAGUCCUACAGUGUGAAAGGCCUGACUCCUCCUAUGCUUUCUCCGCUCAUUGGAUACCCUCGUUUCCAAAACUGGAUCAUGAGCCAUAUUGUGGACAAUUGGGACACAGCAGCGAGAGUGGCUCGACUGACUGGCGUCCAUUCCUCCACUUCUGAUGUUACCAGGUCAGAUUACGUACACAAGGACCUCGACCUAACAAUUGUACAUGCCUUGAACGACAUUGAGAUCCCGUGGCGCGAAGGCCGUCGCGUCUGGACGGCUGCGACAGGGGAGAAGACCAAAGGCGCCCCUGGAGCGGUAGUUUAUCAGAAGUCAGAAAUCGCCAGUCCCUCUCAAAUUGAGAUUUGGGAGAACCAAAUCACUGCCCAGGACGGAUCUCAGGUUGUGAAGAAGGUCCGCUGGGAACGUGUUCGAUAUGGAGGUCAUAAUCGGGUUGCAUCAUUCUCUGUUGCUGGCCUUGCUGUUCUAAGAUCAUUCGAAGAGUGA